UCGGGCAGGAGCGAAGUUCACAGCGCUGCUCUGCUCUGCGCGCUCCCGCGCUGGAGAUCUCCGUGCCGUCUCCGCCUGUCCAGCCCAAACGCGCUUUGUGUCGUGGGACAAACGCCAUAAAAUGGAAAAUAUAUAUAGAAACUAGCUUUUGCAACUACAAACUCCAGACAAGCAACUUUUGACAAUCCUUGUUCACCAUCAUCACAAGCAUGGAGACGGUGGUGAUCGUGGCCAUCGGUGUACUCGCCACCAUCUUCUUGGCAUCAUUUGUGGCACUGGUGGUUGUGUGCCGCCAUCGUUACUGCCACCCUCCAGACUUUCUGCACCAGUUUGAUUCUAAACCUACAGUGGAUUUGAUCGGAGCGAUGGAGACUCAGAGUGAACCAUCAGAGCUGGAGCUGGAUGAUGUUGUCAUCACUAAUCCUCAUAUUGAGGCCAUGCUGGAGAACGAAGACUGGAUCGAAGAUGCCUCUGGUCUUGUGUCUCACUGCAUUGCAAUUCUGAAGAUAUGCCACACUCUCACCGAAAAGCUAGUUGCCAUGACAAUGGGCUCUGGAGCAAAGGUCAAAGCACCUGCCAGCCUGAAUGACAUCAUCACCGUGGCCAAACGCAUCAGCCCAAGGGUGGAUGACGUGGUUCGAUCCAUGUACCCUCCGCUGGACCCCAUUCUUCUGGAUGCCAGGGCCACAGCAUUACUGUUGUCGGUCAGUCACUUGGUACUGGUGACACGAAACGCCUGUCACAUGUCUGGCAGCCUGGACUGGAUCGACCAAUCACUGCACGCAGCCGAAGAUCACAUGGUCGUGUUGAGAGAGGCGGCUUUAGCGUCUGAACCAGAGAGAGGUUUGCCAGAGAGGGAGCAGUCAAUCUGAAUCACUCACAAGACUUUAUAUGUACACACACUAUUAUGUAUGCGCCUGUAAAGAGUAUGUAAUUUAAUGGACAAUACCUCAGCACAUCCAUGGUAUGAAAGAGAAAGGCACCUUAGCUUAGCCUUGUUUCCAAAUAUUGUUUCUUUCUCUCUUUCACUGUAUCUUUCAUUUUAUCUGUUACAUUCCAGCUUAAUCUCUGGUGGUCAUACUAUCUGACAUGCUGGAUUCAAAUGUACAGUCAAACACAAAAUGUAUUCAGACACCUUGAACAUUUCAUUCAUUAAUACAGUUUAUUCACUAUAGUUAAAAAAAAAAUGGUAAUAAAAUAUGACAAGAUCUCAGAGUUAAACUGUGUCAGAAAAAAAUCAUCUUAAUUAUGUCAGAUAACACUAAAGCAAAACAUGGUCAGGUCAAAGUGUCUGAAUAAUUUUUGGUCCCAAAUUUUUAUCAAUUUUACUGGUAGUCCACUGUGUGAAGAAUUUGGGGGUAUAAUGUCACAGUUUACUUUAUUUUGCUAUCCUCACUUACAUAAAUGAACUAUAGUGUCCUGCACCCACUAGUAAAAAUAUAUUAAAAAUGUCUGAAUAAUGUUUGGUUUGACUGUAUAUAGUAGACAAUCAAAAACAUGAAUGAAUAAACCAAAUCAAAUAUGCUAAAUGGUAUUGCUAAGUUUGUUAGCUAAACCUUAUAUAAACAAAAUAAGGUCUACCUUUUCUUUCUCUUGACUCAUAUUUAAGUCUACUUGGUGUAUUGUUUUAAAAUUAUACAAGCUAUGUUUUCAUGCAUUAUUUACUCAUUUUAAUUAUUAGCAUAAGAAGUCAUUUGUAUUUUUUUUCCUCUCUAAAAUAUACAAGUUCUGGUUCAUUUCCUUAUUUCCAGUUCAGUCUCAUUUGCAGAUCAGUUUGUAUAUAGUCAAUAUAUCAAA